CAGAGUCUUGCUGUCGCCAGGCUGGAGUGCAGUGGUGCGAUCUCAGCUCACUGCAACCUCCACCUCCUGGGUUCAAGCGAUUCUCCUGCCUCAGCCUCCCGAGUAGCUGGAACUACUCGGGAGUAGAGACACACGCCAUCACACCCAGCUAAUUUUUUUAUUUUAGUAGAGAUGGUGUUUCACCAUGUUGGCCAGGUUGGUCUCAUCUCUUGACCUUGUGAUCCGCCUGCCUCAGACUCCCAAAGUGCUGGGAUUAUAGGUGUGAGCCACUGCGCCUGGCCUGGGACAGGUCUUCUUGAUGGAAACUGAGUCAGGAUGCUUGGUGCAAGUAACAGAAGGCCACCCUGGCUCUCUGAAGCUACGUGGGGUUCUGGUCCUCCAUCACUUGGAAGUUCAGGGUUAGAUUUCCUUUCCGGACUAGCUAAGCUUGAGGCUCCAGUGACAUCACAGGGAUGUGACUCUUUAUCUCUGUGAUCUCAGUUGGCUUUCUGCUGACCUGGCAUCCUGGUAGCUCUGAUCACAAGAAGGUGGAGUUGCUGCAAGUGCAUGUGGGCUUGAUACCCAUCAGCUCAGAUGGAGAAGUGUCUCAUUCCAGGUGAUUCCAGCAAAAGUCCCGGUGGUAACUUAUUGGCUGGGCCUGGAUCCCAUGCACCCUUGUGAACCAGCCACUGUGACCGAGGCAUGUAGUAUUUUGUGGGGUCCCAUGCAUACCUGUGCAAAGUGGGGUUAGGGUCAGCUCCCUUAUCUGCUGGAGCUGUGCACAGAAGGGUGGCCCAUGUGAUACUGGUCAGGGCAAAUACCAGUGCCCACCUCCCUGAAGCCAGAUGGCAGGAGGAGUGGGUAGGAGAUCCAGAGAGGUCUGGGCACCUGUAGACACCCACUGGUGGAUGACAGGGUCAGAGCUGGGCCCUUCAGAAGCAGCAAGGAGUCCUCUGGUCAUUCCAUCCUCAGGCCUCAUCCUCUGGGUUGAACCAGGGGUGACCAGGCCUGUCCCCCUCCUCUAGUUGUCUUUUUGAGCUUCCUGUAAGGGUACACAAAGUACUCCCUGAGAAGUGCCAGACCAGAGCCUUGGAGAGGAAAUGCCAGAAAAUUCCAGGGGUAGCAUCACUAAGAAGGACUUUUUAAAGAAUGAGAGAGCUACUGGGAAGGUAGGGGUACGCAGAGGCUCGACAGGGGUGACAGGGCACAUGCCAGGGUAGGGCCAGCACCUGCUGAAGAGGAGGCUUUAUACAAGGUGUAGGAGAUGAGGUGCAGUUGGAAAGGGAGAUUGGAAUCGCUGUGGGCAGCCUGGGAUGCCCUGAGAGGAAUUUGGACUGAGGGUAGUAGGGAGCCAUUGAAGGGCUUUGAGCAGGGGAGGGGCAUUUUGAAUCAGUGCAUCUCCUUGCUGAUUGAUUCGAAGCAUUCCAUACCCACAAAUGAAAUCCUGCUGGAUAGCUCUGCUUUUCAGAAGGUUCUUUUUCCUCCCUCCCUCCCCACUUCCCUCUCUCUUUCCUUCUCUUCCUUUUUUCCCCAAGUGUUUACUGGGGGCAGUGUAGUCCCCGGGUGGGACCACAGACAAGGUCCACUUCUCUGGAACUGACAUUAAAUUGGAAGACACAGGCAAGAACCCAAAUCAAUGGCCAUGCAGAACAGGAUGUAAGAUGGGUAUUCCAGCAGGAAGAGAUGGGGGCUCGGUGGCCUCAGCCUUCCUCAAGACAGGAGUGCUUUUCCCAGGGUUGCCGAAGCCACUGUCUUUCUCAAAUGUGCUGGUUAGGCACAAUGGAAAACCACUUCCUCUGCUGUGGGAGGAGCAGAAACGCCUUCCGAAGCCAGCUGCAGGCUGAAGAGCGGGUUUAGGUCACCCCAGUGCAGCAGGGCAGGAGGCACACACACCUGUGUCGCGGCCCGGCCCCCACACUGUGUCAGGAGUUGGACGUUGCCAGGAGCCACUAGAUGGGGCCUUGUGGAGGCAGACGCCGUGGGUCCUGCUGCACGUGGGGGCUGUGGCCGUUCUUCUGCAUCCUUGUCUUUCACGGAGGAGUGAUGAGGACCUCCCUCCUAGGGCUGUGGUCAGGGCUGAAGCUGAGACGCAGGCUGGAUUACAAUCCCCAGGGUCCUCCUCAUAGGGGCUUUGGAAGGACUGACCACGCUGCCACAUGGGGGACCUGAGGCCCUUGUUUUCAUCACAGGGGUCAUGAAUCCGAGAGUGGCCUUCUGGGGGCAUGUCUGGCCUCUCCCUACCCUUAAGCCCUGGGACGUCAUGGGGGACCCCAUAGUCUCUGUCUGGGGACACCACCCUUCCUAGUUGUUCAGGCUGCCAGGGAGCCCCUUUCUCCUGUUGCCAUCCUUGGCAUGUGGGACCUGGCCUCUCUUUUCCUGGAGCUUUUUCUCCUGGGUUGUGUUUUUCAGGUCUCUGAUCCUCCCGGGCUGGCCCAGGUGAGCGACUCCCCUCCCCACCACCCUGAUCCUGCCAGGCAGUGAGCCCUGCCCUCCCUCUUGGAUGCUUCACAGCAGUGAGGAUGAGAGUCCUCUGUUCUUUCUGUAUGUCACCACUGAGGAAGGUGGGGAUACCUGGCCGUGUUGUGGAGCCUUUCCUGGGUAGGGAAAGAGUGCUCGAUUGGGAUGGGAGACGGGUCCUCUGUUCUGUGGGCCUGUGACCCCAUCCCCGACACUGCGAGGUCCCCAGGCAAUGCCUGUGAAAAGGUCCUGAAGAAUUUUCAGCAUGCCACACACAGGAUAUGAGGUGUUGGCGCUCUUGACCAGCGCCUGAGCACCACUAACACUGACAGUGUUUUGGCUUGGCCAGGAUGGCCAAACAUGUUUUUCUGUGCAUUUGUCCCCAGGGAGGAAUUGGAGGCUUCUGAAGACUUAAAAAACACACCAAAACAAAAUAACCAGAGAAAAUGUUUCCCUGUGCUGUGGUUCUGAGAACUUCAUUGCUUUGGGGAAGAGAGGCGGGCAAGAACCACCUCUGAAAGCUUUUCCCAGAGGAGGUGGGUUACUGUGGACAUGCAGUCCACGUGAUGGCUGCCACGUGCCCUUGAGCAUCCUCAUCCCAGAAUGGCCCAGUUGCACACAGAGCCUGAUCCCCUCAGCUAUGUUGAGUCUUGGGAGAGGGAGAGCCAAGCCCCAGACAUAGACUGAAACUCUGAGUUCUGCUUGUGCAAGGACUUUGCAGCUGCGGGAGUGCCCGGGUGAUGGAUGCCAUCGCACUUGUCAGCCAGGCUGUUCUCCUGAUGAUGUCCUUGUCCAUGCAGCUGCAGCUGGCCCUAGAUCCCCAGGUACCCCCUCCCCACCCUGGCCCUGCACUGCUGGUUUCUCCACCCUCUCUUUGUUGUUGUUGCUGUUGAGACAGUCUCACACUGUCGCCCAGGCUGGAGUGCAGUGGUGCAAUCUUGGCUCACUGCAACAUCUGCCUCCUGGGUUCAAGCAAUUCUCCUGCCUCAGCCUCCUAACUAGCUGGGAUUACAGAUGCGUGCCACCAUGCCCAGCUAAUUUUUGUAUUUUUAAUAGAGACAGGGUUUCACCAUGUUGCCAGGAUGGUCUCGAUCUCUUGACCUCCUGAUCCUUCUGCCUCCGCCUCCCAGAGGCUGGAAUUACAGGUGUGAGCCACCGUGCCUGGCCUUUUGCUGCCUCUUGCCAUUCUUGCAUGCAGUCUUGUCCCCAAGACAAGUGGGGAGGAUGGUGCCAGCCUAGUGGGCUGCAUUGUCCUGAGAAGGUCAUGUUCAGCUUCCCCACCAUCCAAGAGAAGUCUGUGCCCCUGAUUUGAGGGGAAGACGCAUUUCCUAGUGUUACUUUCACACAUGGUGUCUUAGUUAUCAUUCUUAGAAGCAGGCUUUUAAGAGAAGGGUUCCAGUGCACCUGGUUUAUUUGGAGUUGUAGGGAAACGAGUGGUGAGGUGAGAUGGGAGGAGAGCACCUGUGAAGGGAAGUAGAAAGUCAGCUGCCCCUGAAAAAACUGGAGCUUCAUCCCUGGGGGGACUCAGGAGCUGGCAUGAUAGCCAUCCCAGAGGAAUAAAGAAGCUCUAAACACCAGUUGCUGGCAGUGCCCCCCGCUGAGGGCUGCUCUUGCACUCCAGGCCUGUUGCACACAGCUGGGCAAAGUGGGCUUGGGAGACAGAAGACCCUCAGUUAACCACGGUGCCAGUAGUUGGAAAGGAUGUGUGCCUCAAAGGGGUACAGGGAUUAGAGUAGGGAUUGAUAGCAUCUGCUGUACAGAGAUGGAGGUGGUGAGUGCCGAUCGCUGUGAUUUCUGGGGCCUUAGGAAGCCUUUUCUGUGUCUUUCUGUAUGAUUUUGUCAUUAAAAAUGAAUGCUGAUGGCUGAAAGGUAUGUGAAUGUUAUACAACGGAUACUUCUGGGCAGACCACCCGGCUGUUGUCAGAUAUCAGUGUCUCACUAGGAAUGAGUUGAUCAGAUUUCAUGUUGAGAGCAGUGUUGGAUGGGGUAGAGAGAAGGUCCUCCACCCCCGGGCUGCAGACCGGUACCAGUCCAUGCCCUGUUUUCAACCAGUCCACACAGCGGGCGGUGAGCAGCAUGCAAGAGCAUGACCACCUGAGCUCCACCUCCUGUCAGAUUGGCAGCCGAAUUAGAGUCUCAUAAGAGCAGGAGCCGUAUUGCGAACUGCACAUGUGAGGGAUCUAGAUUGUGUGCUCCUUAUGAGAAUCUCAUGCCGGAUGACCUGAGGUGGAACAGUUUGGGGAUUCCUGCCUCCUGCACUGGAAAAAGUGUCUUCCAUGGAACUGGUUCCUGGUGCCAAAAAGCUUUGGGACCAUUGGUGUAGAGGGCAGGGGAGAGGCUGCCUCUUAGAGAAUGAGGUCAGAAACGGGCGUGAUGGUCCUGAAGUUCCCCUAUGUGUAUCCUCUAAGACAAGGGCCAGUGUCCUGCCCUGUCCUGUUGGUGCCAGCGUCAGGGGGUCUUGAGACAGGGAGCGGGCGAUGGUUCUCCCAGCUAGGACUUUCAGAAUGGAGACCUCAGACCCUGAGCCCUAGGGACAAGCCUGAUCUAUAACCAGUCACUGAAAAUAUAUACAGUGAAAUGGAAGUCUCUGCCAUUGAGCCGGCUCUCGCAGGCCGCUGUAAAGAUAAGUAACGGCAGUUUUCAGGCCACUUAAACCCUUACCUUUGGGGUAUAAAGGGGUCUCUGCAGACAGUAAGUCUUUAUCGGGAAAUGUUUACUCAUAAAAAAGCACGAUGAAGCCUAGAAGAGAAAGCACCUCACCCUUUAUGGCACUGCAACCCGUCUGUAACAGAAGCUGCAAAUCAUCCGCAGGCUGCAGGCCGCAGACUGACUGUCCAAAAGUUGGGGAUGGGAGUGAGAGUAAAACCUGACUUGCUACCAUGCAGACAGCAUUGCCUGCCCCACCAGCCCCAUCCCUCCACUGAAAGAGGGACCGUGUUGGCCCGUGUAUUGCUAAGCCAACAUGCUGUGGCUCCCACAUGCCACAGGAUUGAGCCUGAGCUCUGUAGGCACAUGUGCCCUGGCCCACCUCUUUGGCCCUUGUGCCUGUGCACCUCCCACAGUGCUCCCCACUUCCGCAGCACCUUCCCCUGCUUUUCUGCCUUUGAGAGGGCUACCUAAAUGUCCACCCCAUUCCAGCUACAGUCCCAUCAGUGGAGUAGAAUCACCCUGAAAGACUUGGAACCAGGGUGGUGAUUGCAUCAGCUGCCGCCCAGCUGUGGGAGCAGUGGUAUCUCUGCAAAGCCACCAUCUCUGCAUCUGGUGCUGGGCUGAAGUUGCUGUAGGCCAGUGGCAUUGGCAAUCCGAGGGGGUGUUAGGUGUGACAUGGGGGAGAGCAAGGGCAAGCUGGAACCCACCAGGUUAGAGCUCACGCCUGCCUGCCUGUGCUUCCAGCUUCAUGAUGGAUAGGUGGAUGCACGUGGGUUUGAAGGGGGAUUGCAUGAGCCUCCUCCUUGGAGCUAUAUCCCCUCCUGGCUCUGUGGGAGCAGAAGAAGCUGGCUCUACCCCUUUUUUACCCCACAGGUCAGCGAUGAUGUUUGGGGACUGAGGGAGCCUUUGGGAUCCUACACUUGCAGUUCCAACCUUUUUGGUCCGUGGGUCCCUCUAUAGUUAAAAAUUACUGAGGACCCCAAAGAGAGUUUUUUUUUUUUUUUGAGACUGAGUCUCACUGUGUCUCCCAGGCUGAAGUGCAGUGGUGUGAUAGCCCACGGCAACCUCUGCCUCCUGGGUUCAAGCGAUUCUCCUGCCUCAGCCUCCCGAGUAGCUGGGAUAAUAGGCCUGCCAUCAUGUCUGGCGAAUUUUUGUAUUUUUGUAGAGAUGGGUUUCGCCAUGUUGGCCAGGCUGGUCUCAAAUUCCUGACCUCAAGUGAGCCGCCCGUCUAGGCCUCCCAAAAUGCUGGGAUUACAAGCAUAAGCCACCAUGCCUGGCCCCAAAGAGCUCAUUUAAUGUGUGUCAUAUCUAUUGAUACUUUAUUUGAAACUUAAAAUGAGAACAAUUUGAAAUAUUUUGUCUUUAAAUUCAUUUGAAAAUAACAAUGAUAAAAUUAUAAUUUUUAUGAAAAGAACUUCUCCAAAAUUAAAGUAGUAAGAACAGAAUUACGCUUUUGUCAAUGUCCUUAAUGGAAGACAGCUAGAUUCUCAUGUCUCCUGCAUUGAGUCUGUUGCCCUACGUUGUUUUGGGUUAAAAUAUAUAAAGAAAAUCCAGCCUAACACAGACAUAGAGAUAGAAGAGAGAAUGGUAUUUUAAAAGCCUUUUCACCUAAUUUGGUUGUUCUUUGAUGCUGCACCAAAACUCGACGUCGUGGAAUCUGAAACAGAUCAAAGGCCUUUCCAUACCGUUGGUUAAAAUCCAUGGAUCUGUCUUGCACUUUGAAUGGAUGCUUUUUUCCCAUGCAUUAUUUUGUGUGUCCGUGGGUCAGUCCUUCAGAAUGAGAAACUCAGAGUUGUGCAGAUCUUCCAAAGCUAUAGUGGAAAACACGUUAGACAAAUGAGGUUUUAGGAUUAUGUUGAAAAUGUGACUUUGCCCAUCUCUUGAGAGAACCGCUGCUCCACACUGUCCUUCCUUCUAAUCCCACGUGGAUUUCUGCUAUGGCCAGAGCCCUCACCCGGAACCACGUAGGGAGGUAGAUAGCAUCAGCUUGGCUAAGUUGCCUGGGUAUGAAGCCACCCCCACCACCUCCAUGGGGUCUCUCCCCCUGCUUCCCAGCCCCACAGGCUGGCUGUGCUUGUGUCCUGAAGGAGCUGGCUGUUCUCACUGCCCACCUGUCACCCCCCCAUCACACGUCCAUCAGGACAGGCCUUCUCACUUCACCCCACUGGCCCCGCUGAUGGGCUCGCCAUGGACCAUCGGGGGUCUUCCUGCCUCCUCCUUUUAUAGAUAGUCUCACCACUGCUCCGCCCCGGCCCUUUCCUUCCCUGGCUUCUAAGCUCCCCUUGUGAUCUCCUGCCUGCUUCUUCUCCUUCAAACGAAGGUCCCAGGCUUUGUCCUGCAUGUUCUUCUCUUCUUACUGGAAACUCAUUGCAGGGUCACCUGGGUGGGGAGACCCCCUCAGCUGUGUCUGCCCCGGACCCCUAUGUCCACCUUGUUGGCUCCAUCCUGCUCAUCCAGUGGCCUGCCUGGUGCUGGAUGUCCCAGGCUGCAUGCAUGGUGCCCCUCCCCAUCCACCCACAUCACCUGGCCCCACUCCAGGCUCUUUUUGGGAACAACAUCCUCACCCACUUGCUUAUAUGGAGCAAACUUAAGAGACCCAGCCAGGUUGAGAACCAGGUGGCAAGGCUGAGGGGAUGGAUCCCCAGGGGACCUUCUGAGGACAGUUUCCUAUGGCCUCCAUGUCCCGCAGUUACACAUGAGACAUGAGGCCCAGAGGAGUCCCCUGGCUUGCCCUGGGCCUCACAUGGGAUUUGAUGGGAUCCUGUUUCAAAAGCCUGUGCUCCCCUCUUUCCUCUGCCUUUCCAGGCACCCUGCUCUUGGUUCAAGGGCCCUGUGGCCCCGUGCCUGCAUCUGGCUGAGGUCACAGCUGCCUGAACUCUGGGGCCUUGCAGAGAAGUUGUGGGAGGAGCUGGAGAGCUCCAAGGAGCCCCACGUUCAUCCCUGAGGGCUGGCAGUGCCUUUUCCAAGCCUGCGGGGCGGGGGUGUGGAGAGUGAAGUCUGACACCAGGACAGCCAGUGGGUACAUUUAGGACCCUUGUUUGCCAUCCAAGAAGAAAGUAGCCUCUGCCUCUCUAAUCAGCCCCUGGGAAGGACUGUGGAUGUGCCAGUGGCCUAAGAUGGAGAUAAAUGGUGUGCACUGACCCUUUCAACUGGCGAGGCCUAGUCUGGGUGCGUUUAGUCCAGACAAACCCAAGAACCAGGAGGACUGAACCAGGCAAGGCCCAUUGGCUAAGUCCUUACCCAGCAAGGGCUGGGUACUGCAGGGAGGAAGGGAGGGUGGGUCUCUCCCUGUGUCCCUCCUCUCUCUCCCCACCCCCACUCCCAACACUCCUGAGCCUUGAGAAUGUUUCCAGUGAGUCUGGGCCCCGGGCCGGUCUCUUCAGGGACUCUUCAGUCCCCCAGUGUCUCCCUCCAGGCCCUCUGCCCUGCCAAAUCCCAAGCCUCCUUCAAGGCCAAAUUCAGUAGUCAAUUCUGUUUCAUUCAAAAAACAUUUAGAUGUUUAUGAAAGGCCUGCUGGUUAGCAUGUUGCCAGGGCCACCCAGCUGGUAAGUGGUUUGAGCCAGGAUUUGAACUCGAGUCCUUCUGACCCUCCCCCACCUUAUGUUGAUAACCUGCUUAUCUGAAGUAGCCACAGCGCCCUGUCCUCUUUUACUGGUACUCACUUCUAGUUUAUGUGCUGGGAACCAUGCAUUUUGUUAGAGUAGUUUCUAAACUAAGAAUCCAGAAGCGCUGAAUGAGGGCCUGAGGGGCUCAUACACUACUUAGUGCAAGGCCUCAGAGGUGUAGGUUUGGGGGCUCAGGGGUUCCUGGCAGCAGCUGGUAGAGUGGCCUUUGAGGGGUGACUGACCUCCAGAUGGGUGAGGUUUGUGCUGCACUUUUAAAGUACUGACAGUAGAUAUUCAGAGUGACAGAGUGCCACUAAUAGAGAUGAGUUUUGUAUUUUCUUUUCUUUUUUUCCUUUUUUUUUUUUUGAGCUGGAGUCUCGCUCUGUUGUCUAGGCUGGAGUACAGUGGUGUGAUCUCAGCCCACUGCGACCUCCACCUCCCAGGUUCAAGCAUCAAGCAAUUCUCCUGCCUCAGCCUUCUGACUGGCUGGGAUUUACAGGCACAUGCCGUCAUGCCUGGCUAUUCUGUUUUUAUUUUUAGUAGAGACGGGGUUUCACCAUGUUGGCAGGCUGGCCUCGAACUCCUGAUCUCAGGUGAUCUGCCUCCCUCAGCCUCCCAAAGUGCUGGGAUUACAGGUGUGAGCCGCCUCGCCCCGCUGAUUUUUGUAUUUUCUAUCCACCCUCCUCUUUUGUCUUCCUUUGCCAUUCUUCCUUUAGCAGUUGAAACCCAGUGGCAGGCACAGAGAAUUCUACAGCCUGAGCUUUGUUCUCAAGAAUAGGAAAUCUGAAGGACUUGGCCACAGGCAGUGGAUUCAUCUACUUGCAGGCAUUCACCAGUUACGGUGCCAGUCCCUUGUGCUGGGACAAAUACCCUACUGGCUCAGCCCACAGGGAGCUCACCAGCUAAGAAGGAUUGAUUAGUGCAGGGACAGGUCUUAGUGUAGCAACGACUCCAGGAGAAGUCAUUUCCAGGUACUUCGUCCUGCCUCUGGGGGAAGAGAGGCAGGGAAGACUUCUUGGAGGAGGCAAGACCCAGCAUGAGCUGGGUCUUGAGGGAUAAAUAGGGGUUCACUAGGCAGAAAAGUGGGACCUAGAGAGCAGAAUAUGAGCUGGAGUCUCGCUCUGUGGUCCAGGCUGGAGUCUCGCUAGGCAGCAGGAUGGUCAGCAGCCAAGGCCUUGGGAACCUGGGGAUGGUUGGCCGUUUUGCUGGAAACCUCCAGCAGCUUCUACUGAGGCGUUCACCCCUAGAAAGACUGAGGUUGAUGAAGGCAAGUGAAGGAAAGGUCCAGGCUGGUCCCUUUUGCCCCCUGUCUGGUUUUCUCUUAGCUAAGACAUUCUCUCUGGCUCCCUUAAAAUCAGGACAGAGGAGCGAAGGUGGGUUUGGGGGCCGAUUUCUCCUCUCAGCCAUCCCAGGCUGGACUUUCUUGCUGACUUUAAACUCUCAGCUGUCACCCUCAUAUUUGCUCAGGGGCCCCUGUUAGGGAGACUGUGCACUUUCAUCUGGUUGGACGCCAGAGUUCCCUGGAAGCUGAGAGGGUUAAAUCACCAAGCCAGCUGGUGAGCAUUAGUUCCCCCCUCUCUAGGCACUAACGUCAGCGGCUGAUGCUGGCAGCAAAGAAGCUGGUGUCAGGAGAAGGCAGAGAGCUGCCUUGAGGCACUCCGGGGGUGGGCUCCUGGCCUGGGACCCCGCCCCAGCAACCCCCAGUGCCGCAGCACCUCUUGCCACCGUUCCAUGCGCCCCUACCCAUUGAUAUGCGACACCAGGAGGGAAGGUACCAUUACGAGCCUCAUUCUGUCCACGGCGUGCACGGGCCCCCUGCCCUGAGCGGCAGCCCUGUCAUCUCUGACAUCUCCUUGAUCCGGCUUUCCCCACACCCGGCUGGCCCUGGGGACUCCCCCUUCAACGCCCCCCACCCAUAUGUGAACCCCCACAUGGAGCACUACCUCCGUUCUGUGCACAGCAGCCCCACGCUCUCCAUGAUCUCUGCAGCCAGGGGCCUCAGCCCCGCUGACGUGGCCCAGGAGCACCUUAAGGAGAGGGGUCUGUUUGGCCUCCCUGCUCCAGGCACCACCCCCUCAGACUAUUACCACCAGAUGACCCUCGUGGCGGGCCACCCCGCACCUUACGGGGACCUGCUGAUGCAGAGCGGGGGUGCUGCCAGCGCACCCCAUCUCCACGACUACCUCAACCCAGUGGACGUGUCCCGUUUCUCCAGCCCUCGGGUGACGCCCCGCCUGAGCCGCAAGCGGGCGCUGUCCAUCUCCCCGCUCUCAGACGCCAGCCUGGACCUUCAGCGGAUGAUCCGCACCUCACCCAACUCGCUGGUGGCCUACAUCAACAAUUCCCGCAGCAGCUCAGCGGCCAGCGGCUCCUAUGGGCACCUGUCGGCAGGCACCCUCAGCCCAGCCUUCACUUUCCCCCACCCCAUCAACCCCGUGGCUUACCAGCAGAUUCUGAGCCAGCAGAGGGGUCUGGGGUCAGCCUUUGGACACACACCACCUCUGAUCCAGCCCUCACCCACCUUCCUGGCUCAGCAGCCCAUGGCCCUCACCUCCGUCAAUGCCACGCCCACCCAGCUCAGCAGCAGCAGCAACUGUCUGAGUGACAACCAGAACAAGCAGAGCAGUGAGUCGGCUGUGAGCAGCACCAUCAACCCUGUCGCCAUUCACAAACGCAGCAAGGUCAAGACCGAGCCUGAGGGCCUGCAGCCGGCCUCCCCUCUGGCACUGACGCAGGGCCAGUUGUCUGGACACGGCUCAUGUGGGUGUGCCCUUCCCCUCUCCCAGGAGCAGCUGGCUGACCUCAAGGAAGACUUGGACAGGGAUGACUGCAAGCAGGAGGCUGAGGUGGUCAUCUAUGAGACCAACUGCCACUGGGAAGACUGCACCAAGGAGUACGACACCCAGGAGCAGCUGGUGCACCACAUCAACAACGAGCACAUCCAUGGGGAGAAGAAGGAGUUCGUGUGCCGCUGGCAGGCCUGCACGCGGGAGCAGAAGCCCUUCAAGGCACAGUACAUGCUGGUGGUGCACAUGCGGCGGCACACGGGCGAGAAGCCCCACAAGUGCACGUUCGAGGGCUGCUCGAAGGCCUACUCACGCCUGGAGAACCUGAAGACGCACCUGCGGUCCCACACCGGGGAGAAGCCAUAUGUGUGUGAGCACGAGGGCUGCAACAAGGCCUUCUCUAAUGCCUCGGACCGUGCCAAGCACCAGAACCGCACCCACUCCAAUGAGAAACCCUACAUCUGCAAGAUUCCAGGCUGCACGAAGCGAUACACAGACCCCAGCUCUCUCCGGAAGCAUGUGAAAACGGUCCACGGCCCAGACGCCCAUGUCACCAAGAAGCAGCGCAACGACAUGCACCUCCGCACACCACUGCUCAAAGAGAACGGGGACAGUGAGGCCGGCACCGAGCCUGGCGGCCGUGCUUCUGAGGACAGCGCCGAGGCCAGUAGCACCAGCCACGCUGUGGAGGACUGCCUGCACGUCAGAGCCAUCAAGACCGAGAGCUCCGGGCUGUGUCAGUCCAGCCCCGGGGCCCAGUCAUCCUGCAGCAGCGAGCCCUCUCCCCUGGGCAGUGCCCCCAACAAUGACAGUGGUGUGGAGAUGCCGGGGACGGGGCCCGGGAGCCUGGGAGACCUGACGGCGCUGGAUGACACACCUCCAGGGGCCGACACCUCAGCCCUGGCUGCCCCCUCCACUGGUGGCCUCCAGCUGCGCAAACACAUGACCACCAUGCACCGAUUUGAGCAGCUCAAGAAGGAGAAGCUCAAGUCACUCAAGGAUUCCUGCUCAUGGGCCAGGCCGACUCCACACACGCGGAACACCAAGCUGCCUCCCCUCCCGGGAAGUGGCUCCAUCCUGGAAAACUUCAGCGGCAGUGGAGGCGGCGGGCCCUCGGGGCUGCUGCCCAACCCGCGACUGUCGGAGCUGUCCGCCAGCGAGGUGACCAUGCUGAACCAGCUGCAGGAGCGCCGCGACAGCUCCACCAGCACUGUCAGCUCGGCCUACACCGUGAGCCGCCGCUCCUCCGGCAUCUCCCCCUACUUCUCCAGCCGCCGCUCCAGCGAGGCCUCGCCCCUGGGCGCCGGCCGCCCGCACAAUGCCAGCUCUGCAGACUCUUACGACCCCAUCUCCACCGAUGCGUCGCGGCGCUCAAGCGAGGCCAGCCAGUGCAGCGGCGGCUCCGGGCUGCUCAACCUCACGCCGGCGCAGCAGUACAGCCUGCGGGCCAAGUACGCAGCGGCCACGGGCGGCCCCCCACCCACCCCGCUGCCGGGGCUGGAGCGCAUGAGCCUGCGGACCAGGCUGGCGCUGCUGGAUGCGCCAGAGCGCGUGCUGCCCCCCGGCUGCACACGCCCGCUGGGGCCGCGGCGUGGCAGCGAUGGGCCGACCUAUGGCCACGGCCACGCAGGGGUCGCACCCGCCUUCCCUCACGAGGCUCCGGGCAGCGGCGCCAGGCGGGCCAGCGACCCUGUGCGGCGGCCCGAUGCCCUGGCCCUGCCGCGAGUGCAGCGCUUCCACAGCGCCCACAACGUGAACCCCGGCCUGCUGCCGCCCUGUGCCGACAGGCGAGGCCUCCGCCUGCAGAGCCACCCGAGCACCGACGGCGGCCUGGCCCGCGGCACCUACUCACCCCGGCCACCCAGCAUCAGUGAGAACAUGGUGAUGGAGGCCGUGGCGGCAGGAGCGGACAGCGCAGGAACCGAAGCCGACCUGGGGCUGCCGGAGGACGACCUUGUGCUGCCCGACGAUGUGGUGCAGUAUAUCAAGGCGCACGCCAGUGGCGCUCUGGAUGAAGGUGCCGGGCAGGUGUAUCCCACGGAAAGCACUGGUUUCUCUGACAACCCCAAACUGCCCAGCCCGGGGCUGCAUGGCCAGCGGAGGAUGGUGGCUGCGGACUCCAAUGUCAGCCCCUCUGCCCCUGUGCUGGGAGGAUGCCAGCUGGGCUUUGGGGCACCCUCCAGCCUGAACAAAAAUAACAUGCCUGUGCAGUGGAACGAGGUGAGCUCCGGCACAGUGGACGCCCUGGCCAGCCAGGUGAAGCCUCCACCCGUUCCUCAGGGCAACCUGGCGGUGGUGCAGCAGAAGCCAGCCUUUGGCCAGUACCCAGGCUACAGUCCACAAGGCCUACAGGCGAGUCCUGGGGGCCUGGACAGCACACAGCCACACCUUCAGCUCCCCAGCGGAGCCCCUUCCCAGGGCAUGCCCAGAGUAAACUACAUGCAGCAGCUGCGACAGCCAGUGGCAGGCAGCCAGUGUCCUGGCAUGACUACCGCUAUGAGCCCCCAUGCCUGCUAUGGCCAGGCCCACCCCCAGCUGAGCCCCAGCACCAUCAGUGGGGCCCUCAGCCAGUUUGCCCCAUCCUGCAGCAGCAUGCCAGCCAAGCCAGGCCAUCUGGGACACCCACAGCAGACAGAAGUUGCACCUGACCCUACCAUGAUGGCCAACCGCCACAGGGAACUCGGGGUCCUCAAUUCAGCCCUGGCUGGAGUGCCACCACCUCACCCAGUCCAGAGCUACCCACAGCAGAGCCAUCACCUGGCAGCCCCCAUGAGCCAGGAGGGCUACCACCAGGUCCCCAGCCUUCUGCCUGCCCGCCAGCCUGGCUUCAUCGAGCCCCAGCCAGGCCCAAUGGGAGUGGCUACAGCAGGCUUUGGCCUAGUGCAGCCCCGGCCUCCACCCGACCCCAGCCCCGCUGGCCGCCACCGUGGGGUACGUGCUGCGCAGCAGCAGCUGGCCUAUGCCAGGGCCACAGGCCAUGCCAUGGCUGCCAUGCCCUCCAGUCAGGAGACAGCAGAGGCUGUGCCCAAGGGAGCGAUGGGCACCAUGGGGUCGGUGCAUCCCCAGCCGCCUCUGCCAGACUCGGGGCCCCCGGACCACAGCAUGCUCUACUACUAUGGCCAGAUCCACAUGUAUGAACAGGAUGGAGGCCUGGAGAACCUCGGGGGCUGCCAAGUCACAAGGUCCCAGCCACCACAGCCACAGGCCUGCCUGGACAACAUCCAGCCCCAGCCCUUGCCCUCACCAGGAGUCAACCAAGUGUCCAGCACUGUGGACUCCCAGCUCCUGGAGGCCCCCCAGAUUGACUUUGAUGCCAUCAUGGAUGAUGGCGAUCACUCGAGUUUGUUCUCGGGUGCUCUGAGCCCCAGCCUCCUCCACAAUCUCUCCCAGAACUCCUCCCGCCUCACCACCCCCCGAAACUCCCUGACCCUGCCCUCCAUCCCCGCAGGCAUCAGCAACAUGGCUGUUGGGGACAUGAGCUCCAUGCUCACCAGCCUCGCGGAGGAGAGCAAGUUCCUGAACAUGAUGACCUAGAGCCCCGAGCACCUGGCGCUGAGUGCACCCAGAGAGGUCAUCGCUGCCCAGAGCCUAGGGGUUCCAGCUGUUUUGUCUUUUUCCAAAAAGUGUUAAAUAGGCAUGAGGGGUUGUUGCCUAAUGGCCGUUCAGACGACGGAUGUUGUAAGAGAAGGUUUAUGGGCAUCCUCUCUGGUCUUCUGCAUUAUCCCUCAGAACAAUGGAAGAAGUCUCCAUAGAACAGGAAAAAAUGCAAAACUCAUUUAUACCGUGCUCUCCAGCCUUUAGUGCCUACGGGACCACUCUGUUCUGGCUUCCUCAUGGCUGACAUUUGGCUAAAGAGGGAUUACUCUGGCCAAAGGCUUUCCAAGGAUAUGCAGAAAGAGGGUAGGGAGCAUUUGGGUUUGAAUCUGAAUGCCAUACUGGAUAUUCUGGAAAUGUAAGCUUCUUCUGCUACUUGGCAGGAAGAGGAAUUCCUGGUCCCACCUGAAUUCCUCUAUGAAGCCUAACUCUUGAGGUCUCCAAGGUCCCUUGUCAUAGAGGAAAAGCACAGAUGAUACCUGGAUGAUUCAGAAGCACAUUCUGAGUCCAGGUUUGGUAGAGCUGGCUCUUCUACCCCAUAAAGCUGAGUUGGGACUGGCAGCCCAUCCAAGCAUAUAUGAAUGAAUAAAGUAUUAAGUAUCACCAGAAAAAGGAAAGAAAAAAUGUACUCCUCGGGGCAAGCCCAGAAGCUGCCCUGGCCUCUCCAGACCGUGUUUACAGUGUUUGCAUGUAGAAUGUAGCCCUUCCUGAAAAGAAGACUUGUUUCUAAAUACCUCAGGGCUGCUGGAGCCGCUGUGGGUUACAGAUCUUCGAAGGCCUCAAGGAGUGAAGGUGCACUCGAGGCAGAGCCUCAGGCCGCCCUGGGGAUCUCCCAGUAGGAAGACGAAGUCAUGUGUUUACCCAAUCCUGUUUCUCCAAUGCAAUGGCCACCCAUUUACCACAAAAAACUCCACGGCCUGACAGAAGCCCAGGCUCCCCAGCACUCACCAGCAGCCCAGUGUUCUCCACCAAGCCACAGCAUGCAGGCCUGAUGUCCUCCGGAUUCCCUACCUUCUGCCCCCGCAGUCACUGGGCAGAGAAUGAUGGCGUGUGGUGGUAUGGGUGGGAGUGGAAGGGGGAGGGGCUGAUCCUCAGGUCAUUGAAUUUUCCUUGUCAGUGUGACCAAGACCCACCUGGCAAUGGAAUUUGGAACUGGCUUCAGGAGACAUUAUUCCUGGACACACUGGAGGGUGAAUUGGUGCAUCUUCCACACCACACACACACACACACACCCCAAACCUUCUCAUGGGGAAUGUGUGGCAACCUUGCCAAACUAGCAGCACCACUCAGCAUGUGACUCUGACUGUGACCUUGGCCUCAAUGAGGAACUUCUUAGGAGAGUUUGAGGACAAGGCCAUCACCAUCUGGGCCCCCUGCACCCCGGCGUAUCAAAGUGUCCAGAGACAAGGCCAACUGCAGGUGAAAGCCAGGGAACAUUGCUAAGCGUCCGUGGCUCUGCAGUGGUGUUCACUGCCUUCCCGUUAGGAUUUUCCUUGCUAGUCCCAGCCUGUAUAUAUUCUGUACAGAAGACAUCCCUGAAUAUACUGUAGGUGAGUCAUCCAGCCAAAUUUAUAUCUCCAAAACAUUUUUAGCUUUUUCUACAUGCUAUGAAUUGAGAUGACAUGCUCAACUUGUAAAUAAGUCUUUUUGUACAUUAAAAAAGUAAUUUUUUCAUAAUUUA